UGAAAAGAAAAAACAAUGACAAGCCGUGGGCUGGACCAGCAAUCUCAAGGCCAAGUAAGAAGCUUCGGGGUUCCCGUCUCCGCCCGGCCCACGGUCUCCUUGCCUGUCAGCGCGCCUUGCCGCUGGGGAGGCUGUGCAGCGCCAGCCAAUCGUGUGCCAGGAUCUUUGCCUCGGUCUGAAAUUCGACCUAUCGAAACGCUCGGUGUUGAAGCCCUCGCUGACGGCCCAAGAUGGCUGCGCCCAUGUAAUGCCGGGGCCGACGUUGACCUCUCUGCUCACCAAUCGCCUGGCCCCGGUGUCGACCGGCUGAACACGAGCAUUAUGCUGGGCCGGACUCUCCGAGAAGUUUCUGCAGCACUGAAACACGGGCAGAUUACACCAACAGAGCUCUGUCAGAAAUGCCUCUCUCUCAUCAAGAAAACCAAGUUUCUAAAUGCUUACAUUACUGUAUCAGAAGAAGUGGCCUUGAAGCAAGCUGAAGAAUCAGAGAAAAGAUACAAGCAAGGUCAGUCACUUGGAGAUUUAGAUGGAAUUCCUGUUGCAGUAAAAGACAACUUUAGCACAUCCGGCAUCGAGACAACAUGUGCAUCAAAUAUGCUAAAAGGUUACAUACCUCCUUACAAUGCUACUGUAGUUCAGAAGCUGUUGGAUCAAGGAGCUCUCCUCAUGGGAAAAACAAAUUUAGAUGAGUUUGCCAUGGGAUCUGGAAGCACAGAUGGUGUUUUUGGAGCAGUUAAAAACCCUUGGAGUUACUCAAAACAACACAGAGAAAAGAGGCCACUGAAGCCCUGUGGUGACGGUGACGGUGACGAGGAUUCAAGCUGGCUGAUAGCUGGAGGAAGCUCAGGCGGGAGUGCAGCAGCCGUGGCAGCGCUCACGUGCUUUGCGGCUCUAGGGUCAGAUACUGGAGGAUCCACCAGAAAUCCUGCUGCCCACUGUGGACUUGUUGGCUUCAAACCAAGCUAUGGCUUAGUUUCCCGUCAUGGCCUCAUUCCCUUGGUGAAUUCGAUGGAUGUGCCAGGAAUCUUAACCAGAUGUGUGGAUGACACAGCAAUCGUGUUGGGAAUACUAGCUGGACAUGACCCCAAAGAUUCUACCACAGUACAAGAUCCUGUUAAACCAUUUGUGCUUCCCAAUUUGACAGAUGUGAGCAAGCUGUGUAUAGGAAUUCCAAAGGAGUAUCUUGUACCAGAAUUAUCAGGUGAAGUGCGGUCUCUCUGGUCCCAAGCUGCUGACCUCUUUGAGUCUCAGGGAGCCAAAGUGAUUGAAGUAUCCCUGCCACACACCCUUUAUUCAAUUGUCUGCUACCAUGUGCUGUGCACGUCGGAAGUAGCAUCAAAUAUGGCAAGAUUUGAUGGGCUACAGUAUGGUCACAGGUCUGCUAUCUCCGUGUCCACCGAAGCCAUGUAUGCUGCUACCAGACGGGAAGGCUUCAAUGAUGUUGUGAGAGGAAGAAUUCUCUCAGGAAACUUUUUCUUACUAAAAGAAAACUAUGAGAAUUAUUUCAUCAAAGCACAGAAGGUACGGCGCCUCAUUGUGAAUGACUUCUUGAAUGUUUUCAACUCCGGAGUGGAUGUGCUGCUGACCCCGACAACCCUGAGUGAGGCUGUGCCGUAUGCAGAGUUCAUCAAAGAGGACAACAGAACACGAAGUGCCCAGGAUGACAUCUUCACACAAGCUGUAAAUAUGGCAGAUCUGGACCGUAGUGAUGCCGUCUCUGCACCGCGCAGGAACCCAACGGAGUGCGCAAGGAGUGCGCAAAUGUCUUUUCCCGCAGCUGGCGCGGGGACUGCCGUGGCCCAUUACGCUGGUUGUUGGUUACCACAGCGAGCUCCUCCGCCUCCGCCCAGCCCAGAUCCAAGCCCAAAUAACACACGAGUAAGACGCACAUAAAAUAAAACAAGCAAACCAGAACAUCAGGAAGGGGGAAAAAGAGAACCCGUGGGCAUCUGCAUCCCAACCGAUGUGCAGACCACAACAGAGGAAGCCAACAAACACGGACAGUGCUCCGUGCGUCACCCUUCGAAGGUGGCCGCUUCUCGGUCCUGGGAAACAAAGACAAAGAGACAGCUGAAGUGCCACCUUUGAAAAAGGAUCAGUAUCUACAAAGAGGAUUUAAAUGAGCACAUGAAGGAAGUAAGGAAGCCAAUUAGUGACCUGGGGGGGGGGGGGGAAUCACAAAAUCAACUCAGGACCUAAGUGAAAGUUACCAUAGUGGAAGUGGAUGACAUAAUCAGCAAUUUGGAGGAAAAAUAUAAAAACAUGCACGAACUAGCUGGGCGUGGUGG